CAGAUAUCAUUGUUCUCUCUUUUAAUAUAGGAAAAGCGUUUGCAUACGAGAAUCGAGAAUAUAAUUUUUUUUGUGAUAUCGAACCGCCGUUUCAUGUGUUGUGUUUUUUUUUUGGUUCAUUCAUUCUCUCUUUCGAACUACAUACACAUUGAAUUGAGAGCGUUGUGUUUGUGGCCAUUCUGUUUCAUCUCUUCUCGUUGGUUUUGUCGUCAAUUUUCGUCGCUGUAAUCGUUGUUGCCAUUUCUAUUGUGUUAUUGUGUUCACGUUUUUUUGUUCGCAUUCAUUUUACGUUAUUUUCAUGCCAAAAAUUUAAUUCGCAUUUAUUUGGUUGGUGGCGAUAAUUUUAUUGCUAAUUUUAAAUUAAAAAAAGUGACACCGCGUUUUCUAAAGUGCAUUAAUAUUGAAUCAAAUUGGUGUGAGUGAGUGUUGUCGCUUGCAUUAUUUUAGACAUUUUGGUUUGUCAUUUUAUUAUCGCGACAAAUUCGUUAAAACAAUGCACCAAAAGUAAACAGAAGCAAAGAAAUCAAACAAUAAAAAACAACAACAACAACAACAUUGAGCAACAAAUAAACAGAAACACGCAUUUAUUUCUUAAGACGCAUGAUGCUUUUGUGUCCAUAGUGUCGUUUGAUUCGGUUUUUUUUAUUUCGUAUUGAUCAACGCGCCACCGUCAUCCGUUUUGACGUGUGAAACGAUGAUUUUUCUUUUUCUUCGAAAUGUGCAAUGAAAUGCAUCAAUUCCAUUCGCUGUUCGAACAUUAUGGAAAAUCACCAUGUUUGCUUUUUUUAUUUGUGCACACAAUGUACUAUUUGAAGUGAAUCGUUAUUCACACGUUUUAUUUGUUUGGUGAGCCAAAGCUAUGAAUCAAUUAAUCAAUUUCCAUUGUCGAAUAAUAACUUUUACGAUAAUCAACGGCGAAUAAUAAGAGUAGGAUGGUAAAAUGUGUGUAUAACAUUUUUGGUACUGAAUGUAUCAAACAAAUGAAUCAUUCGCAUCAAGUGUCGUCAGUUAAAGUUUACAUUUUCACAUCUAAAACUAAGCAAUCGAAAAACAAAUAGAUAUAACCAAAAGAAUUAUCGAGAGGUUGGGACUGUAAACGAACACACACACACACACAUACACAAAACAACAAACUUUUUCCUUACAAGUUGAAUCUGUUGAUUUGUUUCAAACGACAAAGACGACGACAACAACAAAAACAUUAUCAAUUGUGCGCAGCACAACGGUACAAAACAGCAACCAGCCAAAAUGACAGAUAACAGUGAUACCGACGCCGAUAAGGCGCAACGAAAAGAUGUGAGUCAAUACGCUGCAGAGAUAAAUCAGCUGAAAAAAGCGCUGGUGGAAAAUAAUUCACAGUUGAUCGCAAUGGAAGCGGCGUGUCUACGAGAAACUGAUCGACAUGUCGAAUUGGAAGACAGUUUAAUUGCAUGGCAAGAUAAAUACGAGAGGUUACAUGAAUCGCACAAGCGUGUACAAAAAGUCAAUCAGAGUUUGGAGGAUAAACUUUUAAAGCUAGUCGAUCGAAAUACAAGCGAACGUGCCCAACUGAAUAGUGAUGUAGCAACACUAAGCGUACGACUCGCACAAGCAAAUUAUAAUAUAGGCACGCUACAACGUGAAAUUGAACGCUAUAAGACUGAUAUGAGUCUUGCCAUACAACUUCUUCAAUGCAAACCAGAAAACUUUGUAUCACAAAAAGUGACAUCGCUACCGCACGACAUGCAAACCAAAUUAUCACAAUAUAUUCGAGUGGAUACGAAUUCACAUUCGGAUUCAGAGGGCAGCACAAGUGGCAUUGGAACGGCUACCGAUAAUGCAUAUCACAUUCUCCCGGCAUCAGAUAGUCCAGUAUCGUCUUGUCCAUUUUCUUCAUCAACCACAACAUCAUUAGUAUAUGGAAAUGGAGUAUCCUCAGCUAAGAAUUCGAAUGCAACAAACAAUGGCGAUGACCAAAUGAUUUCACCAAUUGGUAUCGCCAAAUAUUUGGAGGAUAAAUUGAAAGCGGCCAAUGUAAAGCAUUGCGAAACGUGUCUAUGUGCAAAUCGUGAUUUGCGCGUGCUAGCAGAUAUUGAUCAAACAUACAAUGUUGGAACGCAAACAAUAUUGCAGGGUGAUGUCAAUUUUGCAUUGUGUUUACGAUGCAAUAGCAAUUUAAAUUCACCAUCGAGUACGAAUAGUCCGUUUAUUUUGAAACUCGUUAAAUCCUGUGAUUCUAUAGUAUCGGAUGCAAAAAGUAGCAUAUCAUGUGCCGGCUCUAAUGAAAAAUUACUGGGAAAAAAGGAUGAUUUAAUGGUGAAUCCAAUAUUGGGCCACACCCCAAUUAGCGAACGAACGGUUAAAAAGCAUACAACACCAAAUCGAUCGAUGCAGGAAAAUCUAUCAUCGUUAUCGUCACAAUCGUGUUCAAAACCAUGUGCAAAUAAUAUCAGCCACGAUAGUAGCCAACCAAAACAGCAUACAACAACCGUUUCAAAUGACGAAUUGCCACGAGCAAAAGAUUCAAAUCGUUCGCAUCGCCAAAGUGAAAGAGCCAGCAGUUCAAGCAGCCUAUCAAAUCGUAGUUCGGCUGCUUUGGAUGGAUCGAAAUUGUUCGAAAGUUUUAAUAGGAAUCUUAUCAAAUCUAUAAAGGCUGAAAAACCAAAUUUGUCGGGUCCGCGUCUGUGUGCUCUACGUAUUCCAAAUGGAAGCGGUAGUAUUCUCAUUGAUAAUAUUGAAUCGGAUUCAACGCCCGUCAUUUAUACGCGUCGAAGUCGAUUUCUGGAUGAAGAACUGGAUGAAUCCAAGGAUAUUAUCACAACCAGUCAGUAUCCGUCGAUCAAUGGAAACACUGACCAACAACAAAGAACUUAUCAUAAAAUUUCGAUGCUAAUGAGCGAUGGUGUUAUCACAGCAAAUUCACAUGAAUCAAAAUCCGAAUCAUAUAAAGCCAAUCACAAAAUGCAUGACACACAAGAUGUCGACUCAAUUGAUGUUGCUCAAAAUUACGAUGAAUGUAAUCAAGAAAAUGAAUGUGAUCAGCCAAAUCAAAAAUACUGUACGAACACAACGCACAUAACGAAUGAUACAAUCGGAUUAGAGAGAAAUUAUAAUGGUUUGUCCAUCAACGAUCAUGAUAUAAGUGAAAAUAUUGCAUUCGGUGAAUCAUUGCAAGAUGAUAACCAAUAUCAAUUGAACAAUGGCACCAAUUUAAAAAACGAAAUGGAAUCAACAAAUGAUAAGCAACAAAGCCAAUUUAUGCAUAUGCAUCAAUUUCGAUCGACGCAUCCUCUAUCAUUGGAUGAAACAUCGUUGUUGCGACGCCAACAAUUGAGCCGCGUUGCCGAAUGGGUACAAAAUAAUAAUCAUGAAGCAUGCCACCCAGACGCUGACUACAAACAAGUUUUAAAGUUAAAUAACAACAGUGAUGAAAUUAGCAAUCGUUCUAUAGAUAGGAAUUCAAAGUCAUUAUCAAUGAUCAACUGCAAUAGUUUGGCAAUCAGUGAUUCCGAAGCCGCUCAAAAAACCAUUGAUUACAGCCAGAUGAAUAAUAAUGUGAAUAAAUCGCAACUAGGCAGCACAAACCAACAAGUCGAUUUAGCUCAAAUGGAAUAUAAUGUUAAGCAGUUUUUAUUAAAACAAAAUGAAUGGUCGCCCAAAGAACCACCGCCUCCAUCACCUCCAUCGUUGUCAUCGGUUUCUCAUUCUUAUUGUUGAAAAACCAAAAUAUCAUUGCAAAACUUGUAAGCACUCACGGCGAAUUUCAGCGCGUCGCAUUUUAUAUGAUCGAAUGUUUAGAUUGAACGGAGUUUGAAACGAAACGCGUAUUUCAAUGAAUACGAAACAAUGGUUUUCAUUUUUAGAUAUAACAAACAAACAAACAAAAACGGCAACCACAUCCCAGUGGAAAUAAGCCCAGUUUAAUCUAAGUGACAAUUUUUAUGGAAGAAACCGUACAUAUGAUGUAAAUAAUCCUCUUUGAAAACAAAACUAAUAUCAACAAAUGUACGUGAUGUGGACUUAAAUUAUUGCGAAUAGAUAGAUACACACAUUAUCAAGCGUUUCAUUUCCACAGACGCACACUUGCAGAGAUUCACAACGCAUAUAUACGCAUAUGUUUGUCACACGACUCAUAUAUAUUCUUGAUGAUGCAAACAAAGAGUACAAUAAUAACACAACAUUGCCAUUUGUCCAUAUUGCAAUUGAAAUUAAUAAUGUUUGACAAUGGCAAACGAAAAUGAUAUUAACAUGAGAAAUUCUUAAUGGAUUUCGAUUUAAAAGAAAAAUGAAGAAGAUGAUAAACAUACAUAAAAAAAACCAAAUCAUAGUAGGAGCUUAGAAAAAAACAUCGAUUGUUUAUCUCAUAAAGGUUUAUAUAAGAAAACAAAGCAAACAGACAAACAAAAAUCACUAUACACCUAUAUAAUUACGUAUCUUCCUCUCCUCCACAAAUUAUUAUUAUUCUUAUUAUGUAUUAUUACUAUUAUAUGUUUGAGAGGGCUUUAUAGCAUUCAUGCAUCAUAUAUUGCUUGAUUGAAAGACCGUAUUAUAUUUGCUUUUGCAUAUAACUUGAUCAGGCUGAUUAAUAUUUGCCAAUAUUUUACAAAAAAAAAACGUAUACAAAACUUUUGCGAAAUUAUCGACAAGAAAUGAAGAAUAAGAAGAAGAAGGAGACAAAACAAUAUAUAGUAAAGAAACAUUUGACUUAAAAAAACAUUUGCUGAAAAAAUCGAUCUAUUUAGUUGCGUAGGUGCUAGAGACUUUUAGUUAUUAACUCAAUUAGAUUCUAUAUUUAUUUAUGUAAAAACAAUGAACAGAAGAACUUCACGAACAUUUUUCACGACAAAAUCCGUUGACGUUGAAUCUUCUAAUCCAGCUAUGCUUUGCAUGUAUUGGAACCAAACCGAACAAAAAAAAAUCAAAUCAAAAGCAAAAACCAGAGCAUUUUGUAGUGUUUAUUCGGUAAAAUUUGUUUGAUUAAAAUCACGAAAGUGCAACCCAAUAUAUAUAUGUAUAGAUAUAUUUGAGAAAAAAAAAACUUAUUUAUUUUGUGAUAAGAGAACGUUCAAGUGAUUUUCGAUUUAAAUUUUGUUUACCCUUAUCUCUUUAUUCUAAUCAUAUUUCGGUACUUCAACUUCGCAAACUGAACCACUUUAGAUCUCACCACUCUUUUCACAUUUCCGGCGAGAAAAUAUUUUUUCUUCAAAAAUAUUAAUAAAUCAAAACCAAUAGCAAUCAUUUUGAAUGGUAAUUAUAGCAUGAAAAAUGUAUCACUUUAAUAUCAAUGGAUUUUCAUCAUAAUCAUUUCAUUUAUAUUUUGAAUUUCAUCUUUUAAAUAUUUCAACAACAAAAGAAAACGAGCACUUUUUUUACCGGAGAUGUUAGAAGGGCGGAAGUGUUAUAAAGAGAUAUCUAUAAACUGAAGCACUGAAGAAUUAACGAAAAUAUCGUUUCGAAUUGAAUCGUAUCGAAUUGAAUCGAAGCGAAUGAGAGAAUGAUAUAUAAAAAUAAUAUAAAAUGGAAAGUGCUUUCUUUGAAUGUCAAUACCUUGCAUCAGAACCAAUAAUAUAAGGAAAAAUUGUGUAAAUUCCUUUAUUGUUUUUCUUCAAUGAAUCAAAUAAAAUGUAUAAUCCCAACAA